AUGGCGUCAGACGGGAUGAUUUUAACAAACCACGACCACCAAAUCCGGGUCGGAGUCUUGACAGUGAGUGACAGCUGUUUUAGGAACCUUGCAGAGGACCGCAGUGGCAUCAAUCUCAAAGAUCUCGUCCAUGACCCCUCCCUGCUGGGGGGCAUGAUCGUGGCCUACAAAAUAGUGCCGGAUGAGAUAGACGAGAUUAAGGAAACUCUGGUGGACUGGUGCGAUGAGAAGGAACUCAAUCUCAUCCUGACCACCGGCGGCACCGGCUUCGCUCCGCGAGACGUCACGCCCGAGGCCACUAAGGAGGUGAUAGAGCGCGAGGCUCCAGGGAUGUCUUUGGCCAUGCUGAUGGGAUCCCUUAACGUCACACCCCUAGGCAUGCUGUCCAGACCUGUGUGCGGCAUCCGAGGGAAGACGCUCAUCAUCAACUUACCAGGAAGCAAGAAAGGCUCCCAGGAGUGCUUCCAGUUCAUCCUGCCGGCGCUGCCCCACGCCAUCGACCUGCUGCGGGACGCGGUGGUGAAGGUGAAGGAGGCGGCGGACGAGCUGGAGGACCUCCCUUCGCCCCCGCCGCCUCUCUCGCCGCCGCCAAACAGCUCGCCGCGCCGCCAGACGGAGGACAAGGGCGUGCAGUGCGAGGAGGAGGAUGAGGAGAAGAAGGACAGCGGCGUCGCCUCCACCGAGGACAGCUCCUCCUCCCACAUCACUGCCGCCUCCAUCGCAGCCAAGAUCCCAGACUCCAUUAUCUCGCGAGGUGUGCAGGUAUUGCCCAGGGACACAGCCUCUCUCAGCACCACGCCCUCAGAGUCACCCCGCGCCCAGGCUACCUCCCGUCUCUCUACUGCCUCCUGCCCCACACCCAAAGCGCGGCUUCCCUCCUGUUCAUCCACCCUAAGCAUUGCUGAGGCCUCACGGAGAGAGUUCAGGGCUCACCUGGAUGAGGUCAUCACGCUCAAGUCAAGGUACUCUACCUUGGACCAGCUCCAGUGUAGGUUGGAGGGGCUUAAAGAUGAUCGCAGGAGGACCUUCAGCUCUCGAGUGCAGUCACGAUGCAGCAGCAAAGAAAAUAUCCUAAGAUCAAGUCACAGUGCGGUGGACAUCACCAAGGUGGCCCGAAGGCACCGCAUGUCCCCCUUCCCCCUCACCUCCAUGGACAAGGCCUUCAUCACUGUGCUGGAGAUGACCGCCGUCCUGGGCACUGAGAUCAUCAACUACAGAGAUGGGAUGGGUCGAGUCCUGGCACAGGACGUUUAUGCCAAAGACAACCUGCCACCCUUCCCCGCUUCUGUCAAGGAUGGUUAUGCUGUGAGAGCGGCUGAUGGCCCAGGUGACCGCUUCAUCAUUGGAGAGUCCCAAGCUGGCGAGCAGCCCACCCACACAGUGAUGCCUGGUCAGGUGAUGCGGGUGACGACGGGGGCCCCUAUCCCUUGCGGGGCCGAUGCCGUGGUCCAGGUGGAGGACACCGAGCUGCUCCGCGAGUCUGAGGACGGCACAGAGGAGUUGGAGGUACGGAUCCUUGUACAGGCUCGCCCGGGACAGGACAUCAGGCCCAUCGGUCAUGACAUCAAGCGUGGGGAGUGUGUGCUGGCCAAGGGCACCCACAUGGGCCCGUCCGAGAUAGGCCUACUGGCCACUGUGGGAGUCACCGAGGUGGAGGUGCAAAAGUUUCCCGUGGUCGCCGUCAUGUCCACAGGCAACGAGCUGCUGAACCCAGAGGACGACCUGCAUCCCGGGAAGAUCCGAGACAGCAAUCGCUCCACUCUGCUGGCCACCAUCCAGGAGCAUGGCUACCCCACCAUCAACUUGGGCAUUGUGGGAGACAAUCCUGAUGACCUCCUCAACGCUCUGAAUGAAGGUAUUAGUCGUGCAGAUGUCAUCAUCACCUCAGGAGGCGUGUCCAUGGGAGAGAAGGACUACCUGAAGCAGGUGUUGGAUAUUGAUCUUCACGCUCAGAUCCAUUUUGGUCGUGUUUUUAUGAAACCAGGUCUCCCAACAACAUUUGCCACCUUGGACAUGGACGGUGCUCGCAAACUUAUCUUUGCCCUCCCAGGUAACCCCGUGUCCGCUGUUGUGACCUGUAACCUUUUUGUCAUCCCUGCCUUGAGGAAAAUGCAGGGAAUUUUAGACCCAAGACCCACAAUCAUCAAAGCGAGGUUGUCUUGUGAUGUGAAAUUGGACCCUCGCCCUGAGUACCACCGCUGCAUUUUGACAUGGCAUCACCAGGAGCCUCUGCCGUGGGCACAGAGCACAGGGAACCAAGUGAGCAGCAGGCUGAUGAGCAUGCGCAGUGCCAACGGGCUCCUGAUGCUACCUCCAAAAACAGAGCAAUACGUGGAGCUGCACAAAGGCGAGGUGGUUGAUGUCAUGGUCAUCGGCCGGCUAUGA